AUGUGCUCUGUGCAGGGACGAGACGAUGAGGCAUGGGACGAUGAGGCAUGGGACGAUGAGGCAUGGGACGAUGAGGCAUGGGACGAUGAGGUAUGGGACGAUGAGGCAUGGGACGAUGCGGUAUGGGACGAUGAGGCAUGGGACGAUGAGGCAUGGGACGAUGAGGUAUGGGACGAUGAGGCAUGGGACGAUGCGGUAUGGGACGAUGAGGCAUGGGACGAUGAGGCAUGGGACGAUGAGGUAUGGGACGAUGAGGCAUGGGACGAUGCGGUAUGGGACGAUGAGGCAUGGGACGAUGAGGUAUGGGACGAUGAGGUAUGGGACGAUGAGGCAUGGGACGAUGAGGCAUGGGACCAUGCGGUAUGGGACGAUGAGGUAUGGCACGAUGAGGCAUGGGACGAUGAGGCAUGGGACGAUGAGGUAUGGGACGAUGAGGCAUGUGACGAUGAGGUAUGGGACGAUGAGGUAUGGGACGAUGAGGCAUGGGACGAUGAGGUAUGGGACGAUGAGGCAUGGGACGAUGAGGCAUGGGACGAUGAGGUAUGGGACGAUGAGGCAUGGGACGAUGCGGCAUGGGACGAUGAGGCAUGGGACGAUGCGGUAUGGGACGAUGAGGCAUGGGACGAUGAGGCAUGGGACGAUGAGGCAUGGGCCGAUGAGGCAUGGGACGAUGAGACAUGGGACGAUGAGGCAUGGGACGAUGAGGCAUGGGACGAUGAGGCAUGGGACGAUGAGGUAUGGGGCGAUGAGGCAUGGGACGAUGAGGUAUGGGAAGAUGAGGCAUGGGACGAUGCGGUAUGGGACGAUGAGGCAUGGGACGAUGAGGCAUGGGACGAUGAGGCAUGGGACGAUGAGGCAUGGGACGAUGAGGCAUGGGACGAUGAGGCAUGCGACGAUGAGACAUGGGACGAUGAGGCAUGGGACGAUGAGGCAUGGGACGAUGAGGCAUGGGACGAUGAGGUAUGGGACGAUGAGGCAUGGGACGCUGCGGUAUGGGACGAUGAGGUAUGGGACGAUGAGGCAUGGGACGAUGAGGCAUGGGACGAUGAGGCAUGGGACGAUGAGACAUGGGACGAUGAGGCAUGGGACGAUGAGGCAUGGGACGAUGAGGCAUGGGACGAUGAGGCAUGGGCCGAUGAGGCAUGGGACGAUGCGGAAUGGGACGAUGAGGUAUGGCACGAUGAGGCAUGGGACGAUGAGGCAUGGGACGAUGAGGCAUGGGACGAUGAGGCAUGGGAUGAUGAGGUAUGGGAUGAUGAGGUAUGGGACGAUGAGGUAUGGGACGAUGAGGUAUGGGAUGAUGAGGCAUGGGACGAUGAGGCAUGGGACGAUGAGGCAUGGGACGAUGAGGCAUGGGACGAUGAGGCAUGGGCCGAUGAGGCAUGGGACGAUGAGGCAUGGGACGAUGAGGCAUGGGACGAUGAGACAUGGGACGAUGAGGCAUGGGACGAUGAGGCAUGGGACGAUGAGGCAUGGGACGAUGAGGUAUGGGGCGAUGAGGCAUGGGGCGAUGAGGCAUGGGACGAUGAGGCAUGGGACGAUGAGGCAUGGGCCGAUGAGGCAUGGGACGAUGAGGCAUGGGACGAUGAGGUAUGGGACGAUGAGACAUGGGACGAUGAGGCAUGGGACGAUGAGGCAUGGGAAGAUGAGGCAUGGGACGAUGCGGUAUGGGACGAUGAGGCAUGGGACGAUGAGGCAUGGGAUGAUGAGGCAUGGGACGAUGAGGCAUGGGACGAUGAGGCAUGCGACGAUGAGACAUGGGACGAUGAGGCAUGGGACGAUGAGGCAUGGGACGAUGAGGCAUGGGACGAUGAGGUAUGGGACGAUGAGGCAUGGGACGCUGCGGUAUGGGACGAUGAGGUAUGGGAUGAUGAGGCAUGGGACGAUGAGGCAUGGGACGAUGAGGCAUGGGACGAUGAGACAUGGGACGAUGAGGCAUGGGACGAUGAGGCAUGGGACGAUGAGGCAUGGGACGAUGAGGCAUGGGACGAUGAGGCAUGGGACGAUGCGGAAUGGGACGAUGAGGCAUGGGACGCUGCGGUAUGGGACGAUGAGGUAUGGGAUGAUGAGGCAUGGGACGAUGAGGCAUGGGACGAUGAGGUAUGGGACGAUGAGACAUGGGACGAUGAGGCAUGGGACGAUGAGGCAUGGGACGAUGAGGCAUGGGACGAUGAGGCAUGGGCCGAUGAGGCAUGGGACGAUGAGGCAUGGGACGAUGAGGCAUGGGACGAUGAGGCAUGGGACGAUGAGGCAUGGGCCGAUGAGGCAUGGGACGAUGAGGCAUGGGACGAUGAGGCAUGA